CAGAAGUUUAUAUGCAUCAGUGGUACUUGCUCGAGAGUGACAGCAGAGAUCAGCAUUAAGUCUGUUCCUCUGGAUUGAAUUGCAGACUUCAGGCUCUGGAUCCAGCUCACACUAUUGGUGUUUCAUUGCUCCUUAUGGUGUAGCUGGUGAUUGUUCCUGAGAAGAGAGAAGAUGAUGAGUGAUGCAAGUGACAUGCUCGCUGCGGCGCUGGAGCAGAUGGAUGGCAUUAUAGCAGGUUCGAAGGCACUGGAGUACUCCAACGGCAUCUUUGACUGCCAGUCCCCCACCUCUCCCUUCAUGGGGGGCCUGCGGGCGCUGCACCUGGUGGAGGACUUGCGGGGCUUGCUGGACAUGAUGGAAGCGGAUGAGAGAGAGGGGCUGCGCUGCCAGGUUCCGGACUCGACAGCAGAGGCUCUGAUCGAAUGGCUCCAAAGUCAAAUGACUAACGGACAUAUAUCUGGGAGUGGAGAUGUGUAUCAAGAAAGGCUGGCUCGUCUGGAAAAUGAUAAGGAAUCUCUUGUUCUGCAAGUAAGUGUGCUUACGGACCAGGUGGAAGCCCAAGGAGAAAAGAUUCGGGAUCUGGAGUUCUGUCUAGAGGAGCACAGGGAGAAGCUGAAUGCCACGGAAGAGAUGCUGCAGCAGGAGCUUUUAAGCAGAACAUCCCUUGAAACUCAGAAGCUAGAUCUUAUGGCAGAAAUUUCCACUCUGAAGUUGAAGCUUACAUCUGUAGAGAAGGAUAGAUUGGACUAUGAGGACAGAUUCAGAGACACAGAGGAUUUGAUCCAGGAAAUAAAUGAAUUGCGGUUGAGAGUGGGAGAAAUGGACAAUGAAAGACUCCAGUAUGAGAAAAAACUGAAAACGACCAAAGAUGAGCUAGCAGCUUUGAAAGACAAGCUAGAACAGAAGGAAGGCGAGGUAAAAAGAUUGCAAGAAAAAUUGGUUUGCAAGCUGAAAGGAGAAGGAAUUGAAAUACUGGACAGAGAUGAAAAUUGUAAAAAGAAGCUCAAAGAUAAAAAUAUAGAGGUACAGAAAAUGAAGAAGGCGGUAGAAUCUCUAAUGGCAGCGAAUGAAGAGAAGAUAGAAGAGCUUCGGCAAUCUUUGAAUAGGUACAAGAAAGUUCAGGACAUGGUGAUAUUGGCUCAAGGUAAAAAAGGCAAGGAAAGUGAUGGUGAAGACUUCUUGAAUUCAGGGUCUGUUUCCACGGUUUUAUUGGACACACCAAGUCUGACUGACCCAGAGAAAAGCCCAUCCCCAACCCCAGUAACAGCAUCUCCAAUCCACGAUGAAUUUAACGUGAAUAUUCACGAAGAGAAUUCCUUACAGAUCCACACCAGUAUUUUACAGAUUUCAAUCCCUUCUUUUUCAUCAACAUCCAAGAGCUCAGAAACUGUUGCAGAGAAAGUGAAAACACAGUGUAGGCCAGAUCCUGCAAGUGAAAUGAGUGAAGGAAGAUCAACAGGUUCCUCUCCAGAAACUCAGCUGUGUGAUAGUCCAGUAACUUCUUCGCUGCAGAAGUCCAGCAGUCUGAGCAGUUUGAGAAAAGAGACAUCCGAAGCGGACAGAGACUCUGCACAGAAGCCAACAGAGGUUAAACCUCCUGUGGAAGGUAAUAAUUUCGCAACCCUCCCUCCAAAGUCUCCUUCUCAUGGUGGCACAGGCGACGAGGAUAGUUUUGGUACCCGUAAAGCCAGAUCUUCAUUUGGACGAGGCUUUUUCAAGAUAAAAAAUAACAAGAGGACUGCGAGUGCCCCUAAUCUGGAUCGCAGUCGAAGUGCAAGUGCACCUACUUUAGCUGAAACGGAGAAGGGAUCUGCAGAUCACUUGGAUCUGGCUGGCUUGCCCCCUCGCCCAAAAGAAACGGAUAGUCUACAGAUGACUCCACCUUCUCCAGAUUCCAAGAAAAAGGCCAGAGGGAUCAAGAGGUUAUUUGGAAAACUCAAAAGAAGUCAGUCUACUACCUUCAACCCAGAUGACAUGUCCGAGACGGAGUUCAAAAGAGGAGGGACAAGAGCAACGGCGGGGCCACGACUGGGCUGGUCUCGAGACCUGGGGCAGUCUCACAAUGAGCUGGACAUGCCAUUCGCAAAGUGGACAAAGGAGCAGGUUUGCAACUGGCUCCAGGACCAAGGGCUAGGCUUUUACAUUAGUAAUGGCAAACACUGGAUACUGUCUGGGCAAACGCUUCUGCAGGCUUCUCAGCAGGAUCUGGAAAAGGAGCUUGGGAUAAAGCACCCAUUGCAUCGGAAGAAGCUUCAGCUUGCUCUGCAGGCACUUGGGUCUGAAGAGGAAAACAAUCAUGGAAAACUGGAUUACCACUGGGUUACCAGGUGGCUGGAUGACAUUGGCCUCCCCCAGUAUAAGACCCAGUUUGAUGAAGGAAAGGUGGAUGGCCGAAUGCUCCAUUACAUGAGCGUGGAUGACUUGCUGUCCUUGAAAGUUGUUAGUGUCCUCCACCACCUCAGCAUCAAAAGAGCCAUUCAGGUUUUGAGAAUAAAUAACUUUGAGCCCAACUGUCUGCGCAGGAGGCCGUCUGACGAGAAUAACGUCACACCUUCUGAGGUCACCCAGUGGACCAAUCAUCGUGUGAUGGAGUGGUUACGCUCCGUUGAUCUGGCAGAGUAUGCUCCUAAUCUGCGGGGGAGUGGUGUGCAUGGGGGACUGAUGGUUUUGGAGCCUCGUUUCAAUGUGGAAACCAUGGCACAGUUGCUGAACAUCCCACCAAACAAGACGCUACUGAGACGGCACUUGGCAACUCAUUUCAACCUCCUCAUUGGGCAGGAGGCCCAGCAGCAGAAGCGCGAAGCCAUGGAGUCCCCAGACUACGUCCUCUUAACAGCAACUGCCAAAGUAAAGCCAAAGAAACUUGCCUUCAGCAAUUUUGGGAGCCUGAGGAAGAAGAAGCAAGAUGAUGUGGAAGAGUAUGUGUGUCCUAUGGAGCUGGGGCGGGCAUCUGGAAGUGGGUCGAAGAAGGGUUUUAAGCCUGGCCUGGAUAUCCGAGUAUAUGACGAUGACGAUUUGGACAGGCUGGAGCAGAUGGAAGAUUCAGAAGGGACAGUGAGGCAAAUAGGAGCGUUUUCUGAAGGCAUCAACAACUUGACACACAUGUUGAAAGAAGAUGAAAUGUUUAAAGACUUUGCGACUCGCUCUCCUAGCACCAGUAUAACAGAUGAGGACUCCAAUGUGUGACGGUAACCACCCGGCACUGACAAAGGCUCACUUUCCUAUGUGCAAGAAACGUCAUCGUUAUACGUGACGGACAGCAGAUCAUGUACAUUACAUUGCUCUUGCUUCUGUUUGUUAGAAGUAAUAUUGGGGGGGUGGAGAAUUUAAAAAAAAAAAAAAGGAGGGGAAAAAAAAAAAGGUGCCUACUCUAAAGUUGCCAUAAGAAACACCCAGACACUGGUAAAUGGUAAUUGUUUUUACUAUAUUUAAUGUACAAACUGGUGAUAUGUUUCAGAGUGUUGCAUUUAAAUUUAUGUGGUAUCACAGUGCUCCUUUUGCUUAUUCAUGACCUCAGAUAAUCCUUUAUACUGUUUCAAAGUAACAGAAGAUGUUAGGUAGAAGUAUUGCAUCUGUAGAUAUUGUGCAUCAGCUUUCUCUAGGCUCUCAGCUGAAAAAAGAUGCCACUGCUCUUUUUCAAGUGCAUUUGUUCAGCACAAAUACCAGUUCUGCCCUUCCUACGGUAUCCAGUGUAGGAUUUGAGUCAUCCAUGUCUUGCAUAAACUCCCUGGUAGCUCUUGACUGUUGCUCUUAUUUUUAUAUUUUUAUACUGUUUUAU